CUUCUUCUUCUUCUUCUUCUUCUCUGUGUCUCUCUUAACAGACACAGAGAAAUACAAAUACUUUCACAUUUUCGUUCCUUACAUUGGAAUUUCCAAUAACAUGUCUCUGUCUCUGCGUUUAUCUUCUUCUUUUCUUCCCCAAAUUCCAACUUCUCCUUCUUUCUUAUGUUUUGUUCCUCCCAAGUUCCAAAAUGGCGACUUCCUUAUUUGCCGCUACAGGCGCAGACAACCCUCCCUUUUAACCCUACGUUGCUUUUCCACCUCUAAACCAUACGAUAAUGGGAGGGAACACCAUCGUGAAGAAGAAGAACAUGAUAAUCAACGAAUGAAGGGUCCUCAAAUGGAUGAUGAAGAAGAGGAGGAAGACAAAGCUAUUGCUUCGUUGGUUUUGCCUGAAAGAUGGGAUGUUUUGGGACUUGGUCAAGCCAUGGUAGACUUCUCGGGCAUAGUAGAUGACGAGUUCCUUAACAAGUUGGGAUUGGAGAAGGGAACGCGCAAGGUUGUGAAUCACGAGGAAAGGGGUAGAGUCUUGCAGGCUAUGGAUGGUUGCACCUAUAAAGCAGCUGCUGGUGGAUCUCUUUCUAAUAGCUUGGUUGCCCUUGCCAGGCUUGGAAGUCGUUCCGCCACAACUCCUGCCAUAAACGUGGCAAUGGCUGGCAGUGUAGGAAGUGAUGUCUUGGGUGGCUUCUACAGGGAAAAAUUACGGCGAGCAAAUGUGCAAUUUCUUUCUGAGCCUAUCAAGGAUGGAACUACCGGAACGGUUAUAGUUCUCACAACACCAGAUGCUCAACGCACAAUGCUUGCAUAUCAGGGUACAUCAUCAACUGUUAACUAUGACAAAAUCUUGGCUAAUGCGGUUACCAAGACCAACAUACUUGUUGUUGAAGGGUAUCUAUUUGAACUACCCGAUAUAAUUAGAGCAAUAACAGAAGCAUGUCAGAAAGCUCGCAGUAAUGGUGCCUUAGUUGCAGUAACAGCCUCAGAUGUCUCCUGCAUUGAGAGACACUAUGAUGAUUUCUGGGAAAUUAUUGGGAAUCAUGCGGAUUUAAUCUUCGCAAACAGUGAUGAGGCCAGAGCGCUCUGCAAUUUCGACGCAAAGGAAAGCUCUGCUUCGGUUACAAGGUAUCUGAGCCACUUUGUUCCGCUAGUAUCGGUAACUGACGGUCAUAGAGGCUCCUACAUCGGUCUAAAGGGUGAAGCCGUAUACAUUCCCCCGUUUCCAUGUGUUCCGGUAGAUACUUGUGGUGCCGGAGAUGCAUAUGCAUGCGGCAUACUUUAUGGUGUUCUAAGAGGCAUAUCUGAUUUGAAAAGCAUAGGUUCAAUAGCAGCUAAGGUUGCAGCGACUGUUGUAGGUCAACAAGGAACAAGGCUUAGAGUCUCAGAUGCAGUGAAAUUGGCUGAAUCUUUCACAUUUCAUAGAUCUACUAUUGGAUCAGAUAUUGGCACUGAUCACAUUUCUAGUGUCUAAUCAGAUUGCACUUUGCAUUUGAUUAUGAAGAAGAAAAAAAAUAUUCUUUGAUUUAGAUAUAUGUAAUUUCCUUUUGUUUAGCAUAUUUCAAAGUUAUGUACAUACUCUAGUUGUAAAAAUAGGCAUGCUUUCAAUGGAAUUACUUAGGCUUCAAUUAAGUCUU